AUGCAAACCCCAUCUUUCUCUCUCACCAAAACCUUCCAUCACACUCUCUCUACUUCUCACAAUUCCUUUUCAUUCUUUCUCUCUCCUCCACCCUCCCAAACCAUGUUCCAAAAGGGUCAUAGUCCAUGCCCAGAAAUCCAAACCCAAUUCCAACAACAAUGGAGUCUGAGGUUGAAGGGAAACAACAAGAAGAACGUGUGGAGUGUUGAUAAUGAACUUGCUAAGGAACCAGUAAUAAAACCAGCAUGGAACACAUUUGCUAGCAGUCUCAACGGAAUUUGGAAAGGUGUAGGUGCUGUGUUUUCUCCCAUAACAGCUGAAAUGGAGCCAAUGGACAUAAGUGUCAGGAACGAAAACCUCUUCGACUGUUAUAUUCUUUCCCGAAUAGAGACAGUGCCAUCGCUUUCGGAUGAACGUACGUCUCAAAUCAAAAGAAAGGUUAAUUGGGUGACUUUGAAUCCUUAUGGUGAAAUGCCACAACAUAUUGAAGGAGGCAACGUAGCUAAGAAUGGUUCCGGUGAAAAAAUAACAAAUCGUGUUUUGCCGACAUUUGAAUCCUUUGACUUUGAAAGAAGCGACGUGAUGGAAGAAGAUGUCAUGGGCUGUGAACCAGGCCUGGUUUACUUUGAAGAUGGUUCGUAUUCUAGGGGUCCUGUCGAUAUUUCAGCGGGUAAAGACGAUGAUUCAAAGUACUAUGUCACACCAACUUUCAAGUUUGAACAAUGCUUAGUUAAAGGCUGCCACAGAAGGAUCCGCAUUGUCCAUACUAUAGAAUUCGUAAAUGGUGGUUCAGAAAUACAAAUAAUGAGAGUUGCUGUGUAUGAAGAAGAAUGGGUUAGUCCUAUUUGUGUUGAUGACCUGAGCGGUGAUAUGGAAUUUGAUUUGAAGCCAUUUUCACAAAGAAAAAGAACCAAGCCAUCAGAGUUGACAGGGUCAUGGAAAGUCUUUGAAAUCAGCGCGACUCCGGUAUAUGCCGAGGAGACAAAGACAGAAGAAGAAGGCAACGCUGCUCCAUAUGUCUACCUUUGUACAGAAACUCUGAAGAAAAGAAGCCCGUGUGAUAGUACGAAUUACUUUGGAGAGGAGGAGAGACUUGACAUGCAAGAUAUGACAGUGCUAUGGCUUCCUGGAGGUGUGACAUGCUAUGUUGAUAUCAAUAAGGAUGGUAUUCUUUGUAUUGGAGUUGGUUGGUACUCUGAUGAAGGAAUCAAUCUUGUGAUGGAAAGAGAUUAUGGUUUGGAUGGAAAACUUAAAGAUGUUAGAUGGAAAUCAGAGGUGAAGAGAAGAUGGUCAAAUCCACCUAAUGUAUAA